AUGGAAGGUCAAAUUAACAAUAACAAUGGUAGUGGGGUUGGUGUUGGCAUCGAAAAUCAAAUGAACAUGCCAAAAGUUUUAGAUUUUCUUCAAACUGAAUGGCUAAAAUUUGAAGUAGAUAAAGCUCAUUGGAUAGCAGAAAAAGCAGAGUUAAAUAACCGUAUUUCAAAAUUAGAAUCAGAAAAGAAAUUAUCAGAAAGACUCAAAUAUGAUUUAUGUAAAAGAAUAAAAAUGUUAGAAUAUGCACUUCAAAGUGAAAGAAUGAAAAAUAAUAGUAAUAGUAAUAAAAGUAAUAUUAAUGUAGAGAAUAAUGAAAGUAAUAUAGAGGUACCAGAAAAAAGAGAACCACCAAAGAAAUCAAAAGAUAAUACAACAAGACUUAUUAUCAGAAAGUAUUUAAAAGAGUUUGGAUAUGACGAUAUAAUAGUACCCAAUUCAUUACCAAAUGAUUUCAAUGAUUUUGAUAAUAGUUCAAAUAAUGUAAAUGAAAAUAGUGUCAGUAUAAACGAAAAUACAAUUCAAACAGUUUUAGAUUUAAAGAAUAAUAGUAAAUUAAGUAACUCAUCAGAUUCAGCGCAAAUGAAACAACAACAACAACAGCAACAACAGCAACAACAACAACAACAGCAACAACAACAGCAACAACAGGAUAAUACUCAACAACAAUCAACAUAUGAUUUUAUUUCAAAUACAAAUGUUAAUGAUUUAGCUCAAUCAUUAGAUUCAUUGUCAACUUCAUUUGAUUCAGAGUCACUUUUGGAUAGUUUAAAACAAUUAGAUACUGCUUCAGAUUCAAGUAAUAUAAGUAGUAGUAGUAGUAGUAAUGGUAUAAGUAAUAGUACAGAAUCUUUAGAUAAUGGUAAAAAUAAUGAUAAAUCAACAACCACCACAACCACAACUUCAACAUCCUCUUCUAGUCAAUCAGUUGAUGAAUCAUACACAUUUGAUGAAGAAGAUAUAUUUAAUAAAUUAUCAAAUUCAAAAGGAAGAAUGAAGAUUAAAGGUUUGGGUAAUUAUAAGAAUUUUAAAGAAGCUAUGGUACAAGAAAUGGAAGGUAACAACGGUAGUAACGUUGAGUUUUCAUUCCCCUCACCAGAUCAAAAUACAGAAGAAAAAAUACCACAACCAUCAUCCUCAACCUCUUCAUCAUCAUCUUCAAGUAGAUCAAAGAAAUCAUUAAUGGGUAGCAUUAAAAAGAAAUCUUCAUCUUCAUCUUCAUCAACAUUAUCAGAACUAAAGGGUGGAUUAGGUGCUUCAGAUCUAAACGAUAUCACCUUAGAUGAUAGUUCAAAGACAUCAUUAAGUGACUCAGCAGCGCCACGUAAUUGGAAAUUAAAGCAUACACUUCGUUCACAUCUUGAUGGUAUUCGUUCAAUUCAAUUCCAUCCAACUGAAUCUUUAAUGGUAUCAGCAUCAGAAGAUCAUUCAAUUAAAGUUUGGAAUCUCAAUCAUCUUGCACCAACCAAGAAAUCUCCAUCACCAGAGAUUGAGCCAAUUUAUUCAAUUCGUGGUCACCAUGGCCCAGUUUACACUACAGAAUGGAAUAAGCAAAAUGAGCAUGAAGGCGAUUUCCAAUCUUUCUUCUCUGCAGGUUUUGAUAUGAUCAUUAAGGAAUGGUCAUUACCACCAGCUGAUAUCGAUCCAUAUCAUAAACAUGGUUGCGUUGUAAAUUAUUUAAAGAGAGAAUUCGUUGGUCAUAAAGAUGGUAUCUGGGAUUUGGUUUCAAUACCUCAAAUGUCUCAAUUGUUAUCAGCAUCAGCCGAUGGUACCAUUGCAUUAUGGGAUACUAAUAGCACUGCUCAAUUAUAUACCCUUUCUCAUCCACUUGGUAAGGAUCAUAUUCCAACUUCAUUAUCUUUACCAGUAACCGAAGGUAACAGAAAACUUUUAGCCGCAUAUAAAGAUGGUUCAAUUUUAAUGUUUGAUUUAGAAACUCAACAAAUUAUUCACCAAUUAAAACAAUCAAGCGAAAAUACAAGAGGUGAUGUCCAAGUAAAUAAAAUUGUUUCUCAUCCAUUUUUACCACUUGCUAUGACCGGUACAGAAGAUAACAAAAUUGAAUUUUUCGAUCUCUCUUCAAAUUCUAUUGUACAUUCAAUGGUUGCUCACACAAGUUCAAUUUCCUCGAUUACCAUUGACCCAUCUGGUCUUUACCUUUCAAGUUGUUCUCAUGAUUCCUCAAUUCGUUUCUGGGAUAUAUCUUCAAAAACUUGUAUUCAAGAUUUACCUUCACAUCGUCCAAAAUAUGAUGAAGCAAUUCAUUGUAUUAAAUAUCAUCCAAAUAAAGGAUAUUUCGCUUCUGGUGGUGCUGAUUCUGUAAUAAGAAUUCAUCAAUAA